UGCUUGCUGGUUGAUGGUUGUCUUCUUAGCCUAUUUGGAAUGGCCACCGUCUAGAAUGACCUCUACGGCUGGGUGAAUUAUGGAAUUGUGGUGCUAGCUUUUGGAUAUUUUAGAAUUGGAUUCCCUUACUGGUUAUCUUAUGCCUUAGGAUUUUUAUGUUUUGGGUUCGAUGUGUUGUUUUUUUAGUAUGGGCUUGGGGUCUUAUUUGUUUUCGGCUUUGAUCCUUAUUGUAAUGCCUGGCCUAUAAUGUCGAAAGCAGGCUUUGCUUUGUUCAGACUUUAAUGUCGAAGUUCAAAUAUCUGAAUCCAUGAUCCGACCCAAUCCGGGUCCAUCAACGUCGUCGGGAAGUAAAAGAGCUAAAACAACGACAAAAAGGAGAAAACUGAAUACGCUCCUAGGGGUUUAACAAAAAAAGGGAGCUGGACGUGGCAAACUGCACGCUAAAAGCAUUGACACAGUAGCUGCAAAUGGUUUCUCUAUGGACUUGGUUGCGAUACAUAACUCACAAGUUCGACUAUUCGGUCUCUCUCAUCUGGGCGGUCCUUCUCUUGCACUCUUUUCCUCCCUUUAUCUCUAUUUCCGUUCUCUUUCAAUAUCUAUGUAGAUUUCAUUGUUCAGGAUUUCUUGUUUCGGAUGGGAUUGGUUCAUUGGUUCUAUUGUGUUUGGCUGUAUCGGUAAUUUGGUGUCUGGAAUUUGCAUUUGGGGUUCUUUCCUUUAUGUGGGUUUGGCUUCUGCAAGUGUAAAACCUUUUCUUAGAAAUUAGAACAAACCUUUCCUUUUUGGGAAAGAGCGCUAGGGGGAUUUUUUUCAGGUGUAGAUGGUUCUGUUGACAUUGAUGAGGGCAUAGUUUAUCUCUGCUUGCUGUUGUUAUCAAAUGCAAGUUGUAAGUUUUCAACUUGAAACUAUAAUGGGCAAUUGGUCAUUGAUGUUUAAUGAGGUUCCUCAGACUUGUUGGCACAUACUCAAUACCUGAUGCUCACCAGUUCUCUAGACAUAACAGUGGUCAAAUCAGUGACAGAGGAGUUGGUAAUGCAAUCCUGAAAAUUAUAUUUCAGGAGAGGUUGACAUAUUUACACUGGAAUAAAGGACAAGAAAUGGGUCCAACAAUAGGAGAUCAAGGGGGAACUCUUCUUGUUCGGAAAUUAGUAGAUCCAUUGGCUGCUUUUGUUGGAGAUGUAGUGGUUUUGAAGGAUCCUAAGAAUUCAGAAAGCUAUCUGGUCAGAAGGUUAGCUGCAAGUGAAGGGCAUGAAAUGGUGUCUAAUGAUGGAAAGGAUGAACCUUUUGUUCUUGAGAAGGAUCAGUGUUGGGUUUUGGCUGACAAUGAGAAGUUGAAGCCCACGGAAGCAAACGACAGUCGAAUAUUUGGUCCAGUUCCCAUGUCAGACAUAGUUGGCCGGGUAAUAUAUUGUCUACGAACACCUGUGGAUCAUGGUCCUGUUCAGAACAGUCAUUUCAGUAUGCGCGUUGAUUCGCCGGUAUUGGAAGUGGAACUGGAUGUGGAGGAAAUGGCAAAAAAUCACAAAGCAUAGACUAUGCACAUCAACAGCUCAAAACUAAUUUGGUCUGUAUAAUUAUUUUGUUUUCUCUUUUCUCAUUACGGAUGCACUUUUGGUUUGAAGUGCAAAAGAAAAAUAAAAAUUCAAAAGUGUAGGUUUUUCUGAGGGCUGCAUGAAUAUGGUUAAAUUUGGCCAGGUGCGGCAACUGAGUAACUGGCUGAAAAGCAUGAAGGCGGCCCUGGUUCAAUUCUGAGUUCUCAAACUUAACAUUGCAUCGGAAUAGGUCGAGGAAAUCUGUUAUGAUCAAAAAAUUAAAUUGAAUUGUUCUACUUUCAUUUUUCCGUUAA